AUGACUAGUCUAUCACCAAAAGUUGUUCCUUCAUCGCUAGUGACGACGCUAUCAGAGCCAAACCCUAUACCCGAAAAUCCAAUCAAUGUUGACCCAGAGCAGUCAUCUAGGAAGAUAACUUCAUACUUUUCUCAAAGUCAGCUAGCUUUAGCUUUUGUGAUUCAAAAAUCAAAACCUAAUCAUUACACAACAGCUGAGUAUUGUCAGUUUUUACGGCAGCAUAUAAAGGAGGGGAAACCAACAUCGUGCAAAGAACUUCGCUAUGUUGAUAGUGUGGAUUUUUGGAAAGAUCAAUACAACAAAAUUUAUAUUAAGAACAAGAAAUUAGAGGAAAAGAUACAAUUCUUUGAUUCGUUUCAGGACCUUUCUCCAGACAGGGGCAAGAAUGAUCAUGAGUCCUUAUCAAUGAAUGACUAUGUGCGAAGAAUCCUGAAUGGUGCUAACCCGAGAGCUUGUCCAAAUUUAAGACGAUCAAAGAAGCGACCAGCAGUCUUAAGAGACUCCGUAAUCUUGGGAGUCCAACGUGGCAGGGAUGCAUUUGAUAAUGACCUAACAUUAAAACUUUGCAUUCUUCGUAUUCGAAGACAGCGAAAUUUGCUGGGACAGAUAGUUUUGAACAUUGAAACCCUUGACCACAUCAAUCUGUUAGCGAGGCAAAUAACGAAAAUUUUGGACAUUAUCGAUAAUGUCCUCAUAGACUGUUGUCAUUCAUGCCAGUUUAUUAAAGUGGAUGCAGAAAAUCCACAGAUCCUAACUUUGUUCCAGCAUAUUAUGAACCAGACUACCCAAUCAAUCUCAUGUUGUUUUGAUGGAUUGAAUAAGCUCUGCAGUACCCAUAUCAGCAACUCCAAUGCUCGUCAAAUCACGUACCGCGUGGUUACAUUCUUUAGUAACUCUCUAAAGCUUUUACAUGAAAUUGGUCACAUACAGGCCAAAAAUGAAAUUGUUCAAUCCCGAAGUAUUCGUGGUAAACGUGUAAGACAGAUGAACAGUGAAUAUGUUGUUAACAAAGACCUAGCUAGCUGUUUAACAUAUAUUCUUAAAAGUAUUGACUGGAAGCCUAACAACCCCUAUCACAGUGACCUUCUUGAAGGAAUCUUAUUCUCGAUUCUGGAACACACAGGUCGUUUGGUAUCCGAAGCGGUCUUCUCAGAGCAUGUAGCCGCAUCAGACUAUCAGGGGAAAAUGACGAAAGACACAUUACAUUUCAACGAAGAUUUUGUAAGGUUCGAGGCCAUAUAUAUUGUUCAGAUACUCCAAGCUGCUUUGGGAGGGUCGAAAAAUAGGCUACUCAUUGCUGAGGUGCUCGCUGCAGGAAGUUCUCUUAACGAUGAUCAAUGUGCAUCCCAGUCAUCUAGCCUUUCCGAUAAUUUGCUUUUAAAAACAAACAUGCUUUUGCAAGGUACAUUAGUCAAAAGUGCCGUUGGAAGUAAUGAUUUGGAAGGACUGCGUCUUCCAGUACCUCCGAUUGAGAAGUCCCGGUCUGAGUAUAGCGAGGGGUUACCCGUAAACGGGUAUGGGUCAGAAUGGCUACUUGAGACUGUUUGGAAAUUGGUUGGCUGGGACUUGGUUACUUGA